AUUUUAAAUAUAAUUGACUUACAUUUGUUUUAAUGCAGAAUUUAGUAGGGGUUUGAAGUUCAUAACGAGGUGCAACGACCAACGAAGGAUCGGCAGUACAUACGGUUAUAAUUUCGGUUUUAAGUUUGAUUCUGAGUUGGGUGUUAAGUUCAUCAAGGCAUACUAUAACAACGGCAUAAGGUUAUAAUUUCGGUUUUAAGUUUGAUUUUGAGUUGGGUGUUAAGUUCAUCAAGGCAUACUAUAACAACGGCAUAAGGAUGACAGAGUACCAUUAUCCAACUUUUGAGCAUUUAUAUCCUAGCGGGGUACAACGAUAUGAUGUACGAGCCCGACUGAUUCGCAAUUAUGAUAUUUUCAACUACAACCAUAAAGGAACAACCAAGCAAACAUGGAAAAUGAUUUUUGUCGAUGUUGAGGGUCAGGCCAUACAGUGCAAUAUUUUCGGCCCCGCGAUUGAAAAGUUUAUAGGACGGUUUCAAGAGGGAUUCAUUUAUAUACUCCUUGCUGUACAAGUGAUAUUUGCUGAAGGGAAAAACAAAAUUGUCCCCAAUUGGAAACAGAUGAUCAUCAAAGAAGAAACAAAUGUGAUACGUGAAGAGGAGGAUGACAUUUCCAUACCUUCAUUCCACUAUAAUUUGGUUCAGUUGAACCGAUUAAGUUGUCACAUCGACUGUACUGAUAGAGUUUAUGAUGCAAUGGGAUUGGUCCUAUACGUUUCACCGGUUGAGAAUAUUGGUGUGGAUUCAUUUAAGCGAGACGUGGCAAUAAUGGAUACACCCUGGACUGUUAUUAAAUUAACACUUUGGAAUGAUUUUGUGCACGUUCUUGAUGAAAAUCUUAAUCAUGUUGACGUGGCACCAAUCAUUGUAGCAUGUGGUCUGCAUGUCAAGAGCUUCUAUGGUACAUAUCUUUCCACGGGAUACCACACUAGGGUUUAUGUUAACCCGGUUAAUGAAAAAACAACAUCCUUAUCUACAUGGUAUAAAUCGGAAAAAUUGGCAAAGAUAAGGAGAGAUUGGUUUCGUUCGUCGACUUUUUCGUUAAAGUCGUCGAUUGAUAUUUCUAACACUCCCCGUAUCCGAUUAUCUCAAUUUCCCAGCGCGAGAAAGGUUCAAUACUGUCGAGUUGUUGCAUAUGCAUGUCGCGUUGAUAGUGUUGAUAACAUCAUAUAUGAGGCAUGCAAUCGUUGCCUAAAAAAGGUUGUCAUUUUUCAAGGACUACAAAAAUGUCAAUCUUGCAAUCUCACCAACACUGUAACUAUCCCAAGGUUGCUUCUUCGACUUACCAUAUUUGAUAAAAGUGGUAAUUUGAAAGUCACAAUAUUACACGAUCUUGCACAACACCUUUUAGGUUGUUUAGCUACUGAAAUAAAAUCAGUACUUCAACAGCCUAAUGGACGUAAUCGAGUGAUGGAAAAAGUAUUUGCAUGUUUCGGAAACAGAGCUUUUUCAUGGGUGCUACAUCCACCAAUUGGAGAUUUUAAUCCUGAACAUUCGUAUACGGUUGGAUAUGUGUUGCAUGUCGAUUGGGCGGAGGAGUGCAUGUGGUUAAACAAAUAUAUUGCGAGCAAAAAAAGAAAAUGA